AUGGAUUUUCUUUCGGAAGUAAUAGGUGAAGCUGUAAUCUUAAGCAUUGACUCUUUAAUAUUGGGGUUUUGUGUUAAACAGCUGAGCAAAUGUAAACACAUACUAAAUGCUCUUCAGACAGCGCCGGUUCUAGAUAUUGAUAAUAGUCUUAAUAAAGAGAUAAACAAGUACCCUAAUUAUGUUAUACCAUAUGUUGUAGUACGAGGUCUAGUUAAGCCUCUUGGAAAUCCUAUCACAAGUAACUACAAUCAGUCAGUUACUGGAGUUAUUCAAAGAUUAAUAAUAAAAGAACAUGUCAUAGCUCGAACAUCUGCUGGUUUCUGGUCUGACCAGACUCGCACAAUUCAUGAGUUUUGCAAUUCAACACCAUUUGUGCUUACUAAUGGAAAGUACAGCAUUGAAGUUGUAGAUGCUUUGGCUGCUGAACUUUUAGACUUGGAUGUAAUUUCCGACAAAUUUGAGCCUAUGUCCCCAGGAGUAAUUGAUCAUGUAUGGGGCUUUUUCUCUGGUGUCAGGCAAAGAGGCCUACAGACUAUGGAAGAGAUGUUACGAGAUGGGUCGUACAUCACAGCUGUUGGUGAACUUAGUAGAACAAGCUCAGGCCUUAAAAUUCAACCACCAAAAGAUGGAUUACCUCUUUAUUUGACAACAUCAACAAAAUCUAGUCUUUUAAAAAGAUUAGCAAGUUCUAGAGACUUCUUGAGGGUCUUACUGGUGUUAUUUGGCUCAGUAGCAGCUAUUGCCUCCGGACGCAUUGCAUACAAAUAUAUUAAGAGAAGACGAAGACGCCAGGCUGACGAAAAUUUAAAGCAGCAGCUCGCCGCUGGUCGAAGAGAACGACGUGCACAAAAUAGAGAUAAGGAUCUUAGUGAAGUGCAACUUUGUGUUGUCUGCAGUGAUAAUCCUAAAGAGAUUAUACUUCUGCCGUGUGGCCACGUCUGCUUAUGCGAAGACUGUUCAGAGAAUAUUCGCGACAAUUGCCCAAUUUGUCGUGAGAGAAUCCACUCCCGCGCACCCGCAUUUAUAACAUAA